GCAAGACCCGGCUGUGGCGAAUUGCAUAAAAGUCUAUCGGGACGCCUCGCUUGGACACACAUCUCCACACUAUUUGGUCCAGGAUGCCUCGCAUGCCUCCCAAAUAUGCCGACAACUUCUACGAGCCUCUCACAGAGGACGUGGAAACUUUCCUCGGCCGCUUCCAGCAUAUCGAUUCGGUCCGCUUGGAGCGCUUCACGGCCCUGUGGAGGGACGCCCGCUUCUCGGACGUCUUCCUGGGCAUCCCCAGCAUGAGCGAGAUGAGGCGCUUCUGCCGCGUGGCCAUGGCCACGGCCGUCAAGUACUUCCUGCCGCCUUACUGCUACCAGGUGCGGGUCGGCGGUCUGUACUUGAUGUUCGCCUUCUACCACACGCAGCUCGCCACCCCACCGGUGAGGGUCCGCCUGCCUCUCCGAGACUGGGACGACGUGCAGAAGUUCUUACAGGACUCCAUCGCCUGCAGACACCUGGACGUGAUUUACGUUUACCGGAAGCUGGUUUCUGUCAAGGCGAUGGAAUACACGGCCAUGCCGCAUUUGCUCGUUUUCCAGCGGCCGAAGAAAGCCAAAGAGCAGAGGGCGUGCGCCGGAAUGCUGGCUCGGGUCACCGCGGUGCAGGAGCUGCUAACCGAGGACUACCUGGAGGAGGUCGCCAACGUCCAGAACCACUACCACAAGAUCAAAAGCCAGCUGGUGGAGGUCAGCCUCCAGGCCACGGUGACCCAUGCCGACUUUGCCUUGCGCCUUCAAGACGCUUCAGGCGAGUUCCUCAAAUGGCAGCAAAAAACCUUGAACCAAACAAAAGACACCCGCGAGGAUGAGGACAAGCCCACCGAGCAGGAGGAACGCCACAGUCGGGUUGCCCUGCUGGCCUCCAUCAAGAAGAGGGGCUACAGGCGAAGUCAGGGGGGCUCCAAGUAUCAGAGGCACAGCCAGGAGGAGGAGGAGGAGGAGGAGGCGGUGCCGGCUGCGGCUGCGGAGGAUUCAUCCAGCUCGGCGCUUGAGCUGCAGGGUCCUGACAAGAAUAACAAGGCCCUGUCGCUGAGGGCCCGCACGUGGAAGGCUCUUGGGAAAAACUUGGACAAGUCAGAGUUGCAGACGUGGCUCCUCAGCGCCCCGGACCAGGAGAGGGUGCCAUUGAGACGGAAGAACCGCCAGGGGCGCUACAAUCAAUAGGAGGGUCAUGUGCGCUUUUUUUGCUCACGUUUGUUGUAUUAUUUGAGUAAGAAUUAAAAUUGGUUUAUAUU